CACGAAGUCAACGGUUUGGACUCUCUGCCGCCACAUCGAAGUGUAAACACUACUUUUGUUGUUAUAUGGUGAAAUGGAUACCGAUAUUCAGAGAUGUUUCCGCAGCAAAACUGUUUUCCUAACUGGAGCCACGGGCUUUUUGGGAAAAGUGAUAAUUGAAAAGCUAUUGCGAACCACGGAGGUGAAACGAAUAUAUGUAUUGAUCAGACCAAAGCGGGGAAUUGAGAUUAAGGAGCGGAUUAUCACAUGGUCAAAGGACGCGGUUUUUGGACUGUUGCUGAAGUCCAAACCAGAGGCCCUUCAAAGGGUUUGGCCCAUUGCUGGAGAUUGCCUCGAAUCCGAUUUGGGAAUCAGCGAGAACGAUCGAAAGCUUCUUGCCUCCGAGGUGCAGAUUAUCAUCCAUGGAGCGGCCACGGUGAGAUUCAAUGAACCACUCCAUGUGGCCUUGGCCAUCAACACAAGGGCCACCAGGCUGAUGAUUCAAUUGGCCAGGGAGAUGAGACAGCUAGAGGCGUUCGUACAUAUCUCCACAGCCUUUUCCAACUGCAUCAUCUAUGAUAUCAAGGAGAGAUUCUAUCCCGAGCAUCUGAACUGCACUUCCGAUAAGGUUCUGGCCAUGAUUGAACUGAUGAGUGACGAGUUGCUGGACAACAUGGAAGGCGCCCUGUUGGGAUCCUUCCCCAACACAUACACCUAUACCAAAGCUUUGGCCGAGGAUGUGAUCUUGAGGGAAGCGGUUGGCUUGCCUGUCUGCAUCUUUCGACCAGCAGUCAUCAUUGCGGCUCAUAAGGAGCCCAUCUCCGGCUGGAUUGACAACAUGUACGGACCGAUGGCCAUUCUUUUCGGGGUCGCUCGAGGAGUUCUCCGCAUUGCCACCAUCGAUCAUAAGGCAAAGGCGAGUCUGGUGCCCGUGGACUAUUGUGCCAAUAUGACGCUGGCAUGCACUUGGAAAACCAUCGAGGAGGGUAGUGGAAAGAAGUCAGCGGAGAGUCCUAGUCCUACCAUCUACCAAUUGGCGCCGAAGGAGGAAAAUAAACUCACCCAUGGGGAGUUCAUUCAACACGCCCUCGAUGGACGCACCUAUUGUCCUCUCACCUCAAUGAUUUGGUAUCCCUUCCUCCACUGCAUCACAUCGCAGUGGCUUUAUCCGCUGGCCGCCUUCUUCUAUCACACCCUGCCCGCCUACUUCUUUGACCUGGCCCUUUGGCUGAGUGGUCGGAAACCGAGACUGGUUAAGAUCUACCAGAAGAUACACAAGAACCUGGGUAUCCUGGGGCCCUUUGCCUGCAAAAGCUGGCACUUCGACAUGGGCAACACGGAUAACUUGAGGCAGCUCAUGUCCGAGGAGGAUCGAAGGAUAUACUACUUCGAUAUGAUCAGCCUCAACUGGACUGAAUACUUCCUUCAGGCCCUUCGAGGCAUGAGGCAGUUUCUCGGAAACGAGGCGCCCACUCCGGAGUCCAUAGCUGAAGGAAUGAAACUGAUCAAGCGCUUAAAGCUGCUCCACCAUAUCAUACAGUUCCUCCUCUGUUGUGUGGCCGUAUUAGCUGUAUAUUCGCUGGUCAAGCUCAUACUGUAAAUUGGAAACAUACAUACAUUACACUUACAAUGA